GAGUGAGGAGGCGUUGAGAUGCUGAGAUGGAUGCUGCUGGGAUGGGGGGGGGGGGGGGGGGAUCGCUGAGCAGAGGAAUUAUGAAACAUAGGCAUGCAGAGAGAAACCGUGAACCUGCUGCGUUCUAAUAUCCAGGUUUACCAUGGAACACCACAUGACAGAAGACACACCCGUAUGUGCACCACAGCCAUAAUGAAGCAUGUCCACCUUUAGGACGGAUACCUCCUGAGAAUAUUUCCAAUGGCGUUUUGUAAUGAGAGCAUGCUGAAGGCCUGUGACUUCAUGGAACCAGACAAUCUGCCAGAAACGGAGGAAAGUCUCCCGCCAGACGCUGAGACUCCUUUGAUGUCUGUCACUCUGCGUGUGACUCUGGCGGCUAUAAUGCUCUUCAUGAUUGCCAUCAGUUUCCUUGGCAACGCCAUUGUGUGUCUGAUUGUUUACCAGAAACCCGCCAUGCGUUCUGCUAUCAACUUGCUCCUCGCCACUUUGGCCUUUUCGGACAUCAUGCUGUCUCUGCUCUGCAUGCCGUUCACCGCCGUCACUGUGGCCGCGUCAGAUUGGGGUUUUGGGAGUGGAUUUUGCCGUGUGUCCAUCAUGCUCUACUGGUUGUUUGUCCUGGAGGGCGUGUCCAUCCUCCUCAUCAUCAGCGUGGAUCGAUUCCUUAUUAUUGUCCAGCGUCAGGACAAGUUGACUCCCCAUCGGGCCAAACUGCUGAUUGCAGCCUCCUGGGUGUUGAGUGUGUGCGUUUCCUUGCCGUCUGUAGUCGGCUGGAGGACAGGUGCAGCAGGGAUAGGCGGAGCUUGGGCGCCGCAGUGUGUCCUGGGAUACAGCGAGUCCAUGGCGGAUCGUGGCUACACAGUACUGUUAGCGGUAGCCGUGUUCUUUGUGCCAUUUGUAGUCAUGCUGUACUGUUACUUGUGCAUACUCAACACAGUGCGGCGCAACACUUUGCGCAUUCACAACCACAACAGUGAACAUUCCUGCCUCCCAGCCCUCAAUCAAGUCAGCAAAAUGAGGCUCACUGGGCUUCAGCGCCCCCCUCAGGUCAACGUGGACAUGAGUUUCAAGACCAGAGCUUUCACGACCAUCCUCAUCCUGUUUGUGGCUUCUCGUUGCUGGCUGCCUCACACCGUGGUCAGCCUCCUGGCCGUGUUCAGCCGUGAGUUCUACUACAGUCCCGUCUUUUACCCGGUUAGCAUCAGCGCGCUGUGGCUCAGCUACCUGAAGACCGUCUUCAACCCCGUCAUCUACUGCUGGAGGAUCAGAAAGUUCAGGGAGGCCUGUCAGGAGUUCAUGCCCAAAAGCUGCAGACUGUGUCCAAAGAUGUCGGGCAGAAGUCGCAGAAGAGUGAGGCCGAGCAACAUCUACGUCUGCAGUGAGACUCAGUCAGCCGUGUGACACGUGUGGAUCAGUUAACCUC